AUGGCGUGGGCAAAGACUUCUGUGAGUGGUAUACCUUUACGCAUCUAUAUGUGUGCCUGCGUGCGUGUCUGCGUGCAGCGUCGCCUCUUCUUGCGCUCUACUCUGAACUCGUUCUCUCCUCUGUCCUGCAUUCUCCUGCCUACUUGUCUCUUUCACCGCGGUACCGAACAACCUCGCACACGUGCAGGCACAUGCGCUAUGGACACAGACCUGGGCAGACAGACAAUAAUGCGGGGAACGGUAUCAUCAUGCAGGGGUGCGUGGCAGCGGUGUGUGCGCUUCUUCACACCUAUCAUGGGGCGCGUGUCCUACUCGUCGUCUGCGACUCUGCCGCCACCACUGUCUUUCUCGGUGGAGCUUUCGCUUCCACAUCUUCCCGACCGCACACCUUUCGUCGCCGCUGCGGGGAGGGCGACCAGGACUCCCAUCGGCACCUGCUCAGGUGCGGUCCAUCGCUUCACACACGCGCUCGGUGGAGCACAAACUGCAAAGACGAAAGAAAGCGCAGCUUCCGAGACGAAGACCGUAAUGACUAACCCAGAAAAGCGCGUGAUGAGCACCGAGGAGCUCAUCGCCUGCCUGCGAGGGCUGCCCGACAGCUCCCCCGCCUCACCGCUGCCACUAGUGUCGGAGCGUUGGCUUCAGUUUGUGCACUUGUGUGACUCGCUAGUGCAGUUCGCCACAUGCCCAUCAGAGCGUGUCGUUUCCUCUUCCACCACCUCGAAAAGACCCGGUGCACCGCGGCACAGCCUUGUGGGGGUCGUUAUGCCUUGUAAGGAGACAUACUUCAGUGCCCGCCACGUGGACGCCGCGGCGGCAAGUGCCGUUUCCCCAACACUCGCAUCCGACUCCCCUGCCCCAUCGUCCUUCGCAGAGGACAUGUCAACAACGCAAGCUGCGCUCUUUCUUUUUCGUCAUCACUGGCGUGUGCCGGUAACCCUCACCAUCAGCACGACUGUACCCAACUGUACCCCCAGUGCGACGGAGAGCAGAGGCUGCAGUCAACCCCUGUCACCUGCUGGACACGAUGCGGCUCAUGCAGCCGCCACCCCAGGCGGGAUCGACGCGGUGGUGGCAGAUUUUGUCUUCGUGCAUGGCGGUAGCCGACUUCUGCUCGUGAGCGGCGAUACCCCACCUGAUCUUCCGCUCUGCCUCAGUGCAGACAGAUCCAACGGACCCCUCACCGGGGCUCUCAGUACUAUGACAGGAGAGGUAGCAUUGCCGUCACAGCGGGCGCAUGGCACCCUCCGCGCCGGUACCGAGCUGGUUCGCCACGUCAGCGCCUGGAAGAAUCAGCAGCAGCAGAAGCCAUUCGAUGGCUGCUCGCGUGUCAGCGCGUUAGAGCUGUGCGUGGCAGGCUACCCACAGGGGCACCCGCUGGACCGCACAUGGAGCACGACAUCAGCACCCUAUUCGUUCUCUGCAGACGUAGCCACAUCCGGUGCGGCGGCAACGAAUGAAAGAAGCAUCGCGGCGCGGCGACAGCGCAGCCUUGAGUUUCUGCGCGCGUUCGAGAAGGACUUCGAUGCCGCGACGUACACCCUCACGGCUGCGGCGUGCAUUACCGAAAGUCGGGUGUGUGUGGUAUCAGCCGAGAAGAACUCAAGCGACACCAGCGUCAAUGAUGGCGCGUCCUCCGUGGCCUCCGGCGAGUUCAGUGAGUGUGCGCGGCACUUUUACUCGCAGCAUGUUGCCAUGCCGGAGCUAAAGGAAUUAUGUCGCACGCUGGGGCGACUUAAAACAGUGCGGCGACUAUGGACGUCUUCCUCCAGUUACGAGCCGGAUGUGCGAGCCGCCUGUAUACGCCAAAUGCUUCAAGAGAAGGUGCUACUGCGGUCACCUGAUGCACCCCAUCGUCGAUGGAUCGAUAGCGGCAGCCGCCGUGGUGACUCGGCAGCCGCCGUGGUUGUGACACAGAUGGUCACAACGGCGAGGGAGUUGACGGACUACGUGGAGGAAAUUCAGCGUGGGCUGCGUGCGUGGGAUGCCACUGCCGCUGGUGGAGAGCAACCAGAGCCAACUUCUGGUGGGAGCGCUGGUGACGGGCACCAGCAGCUGCUGCCUUCACACGCAGCUGCGCCGACCACCCUCACGCCAAUCUCCGUCAUCCCUGGUGUGUUGCUGCCACAUCCUACCGAUGUGCACGUACUGCUACGCUCGCUGUACUACUCCAAAGUGAUUCCCAGCGCACGCAUGCAGCAGGCGCUGGAGGUGUACGCGAGUGAGCUCAUGAAUGCAUGGCGUCAGCUUGCUGACGAGCAUCCUUGGGUGAUGCAAGUGUUGACGCUGAGGGACGAUACUCUCUUGCAAACACUCACCGAGAGCGACAUCCCUGCGGCAACACUGGCGGUGAGCAAGGAUCGCGUCGCCCAAGUUGAAGCGCGCGCGCGCCAGGUGCAGCGCUCCGCGUCUAGCCACUUCACCUCGGCGUGGCUGUCGGAGACGGUUGAUCUCCUCCACGAUCUUCAGCAACAUGGGCAAACGCGGCUGCAUCUCUUCACAAUGUCCAACGACAAGGUGGAUGUGCGAGUGGCGCAGCUGCUGGCAGCCUACGAUGCACAGCGUGGUGCGUCCGCCGAGCAGUGA